GGCCACUUGACUAUUAGCACAAAUCAAUACGUGCCCGCCUUAAUAAAAACAGCACGUACAUAGGUUGGGUUAUUGUAAACAAGAAACACGAAACUGGCAGUCUCACAAAGCCUGCUUUCAAGAGCCACUCUUGCCUAAUUCUAUUCAUAAUGAUCCCACGCAAAGCUGACUUUGACAAGUUUAGAUUAUCCAACCGGAAAAUGACAGCUUAAAAAAGAAAAUGUCUUUCCUGUUUUGGCAGGCACCUCGAAUUAUGACGGUUGGAGUACUUGGUCGUCUUGGGGAUUGUGUUCUAGCUCUUGUGGACAGGGAAAACAACAUCGGUAUCGCUUCUGUACAAGCGUGAGCACGUCUGUGGACAAGGAGUCAACAUGUGCAGGGAAGGCGCUCAUGUCAAGAUCAUGCGCAGUGUAUCUCUGUCCAGUUUCCCUUCUGGCUGUGGGGGCAGCUUCUCGCGAUCCAUGUGUUCCCCCCGGAGACUUCCUCUAUGGAUCAAGUGGAUUCUUCUCAAGUCCCAAUUUCCCAAGCAACUUCCCUAUAAACAGUGAUUGCACCUGGGACAUCACAGUACCUGCUGGGCGAAUCAUUAAAGUCACCUUCCUCAGCUUCGCUUUGGAUCCAUCU